UGCAGGGUAACUCAGCUCAAUCCAUCACCGGUAACGCCGUCAGCCUGGUGCCCCUCGCUAAACACGGAACCCCGCCGCCCUCAAACAACUGGAGGCGCUAUUCUGAGGUGAGCUCAUGUCCCAGACCUCACCUCACUCCGCCACCUUGACGCGACACACCAGCGCUUCCACGCCAUUCUCUCUUGUCUUGAUUCUGCGUUCGCCUUGCCACUACGAUCUACAUCUGUUUAUCACCCAGAUCUGUCAUCAUGCCUGAGGAAGAGCACGACGGCGCCUCUGUGAAGGAGCAGCUCGUCGCCGCUUGUCGCGGCAACAACACCGAGCUGCUAACCGAGAUCCUCGCUGACCGUCCCGACGAAGAGAUCACCAAACUGCUCAACGAGACGACCACCGUGCUAGGGAACCACUUGUACCACGAGGCCGCUCUGCGAGGAAACUAUGAGAUCAUCGACCUCCUGCUCGAUCAACCAGACUUUGAAUGUGAUCCCAUCACACGUCUCGACGCAGACACACCUCUCCAUUCCGCGAUCCGCUGGCUCAACUCGGAACCCGUCGCGCAACGGCCCUUUGGACUGGCACUCAUUGAGAUGAUGCUCGAAGCCGGCUCGAACCCGCGCCAGAAGAACAAGGGCGGCAUCACCCCUUUCCACCUGGUCGAUCCGGGGAAUACGGAACUCAGGGAUUUGAUCCGUAAAUUUGAGUUUGCGACACAGAACAGCGGCGACUACGUCAACGUGGAGCAGCCAAAGGCGGCGCAGGGCAUUGUGCAAGACGACGAGUCCGACGACGAUGCCGAAUUUAGCGGGAGUGACGAGGAAGAGAGGGCAGAGUGGGAGCGGAGACAAAGUCAGAAAAAGAAGGCAUAGACCGGAGGUUGAUCCAUGGGCUACGGCGUUCAGGGCGCACUGAUUUCACGGGUUUCAAUUUUGCAUGAGCGCGAUAGAUGUGCCAAACCGAGUAGACCUGGCUACCUUUCUUCUUAUA